GUCGUUUGGUGCUCGUCUUCUCUUCAAUCAGAAAGAAGUGGAAGCAAAUCCCAGCACGGAGUCACUGGACCUUUUGCUAGGGCGCGAAAGCCCGCCAUUUUCUGAAGUUGAGAAGCUAGGGCAUCGAUUUCUGAGCUUGACAAGCCAUGGAGCACACGCUGUGGAGCCAUUUACCGCUAUUGGUUAGGUCCAAUUCGAAAGAUUCGGUUGAGUACAUUCUUCAGGCUCUUUGGAGGACCCGGAAAACCGGUCUGGACCCGGCCGACCGAGACAUUAUCCGAGAUAUGCUCCAGCUCCAGAACGAAUCGGACCUCGACCCGCUUUUUGUAUGCCUUCGCAUGUUGAUUCGCAGAUGCGUUUACGAUAACAUCGGGAGAGAUGAGAUUCAGAAGCUGUUUCCCAGUGAGGUCUUGCCUGAGUUACAGAGACUGUUGACGCUUUUGUUGCAGAAGUUUCAACGAGAAUGGCGGCAAGAUGUACUCAAGGACCAGGGUGCUUUGCCACGGUUAAAGACAAUGACAUGGGACAUGGCGAAUCCGGAUGCAGAAUUCGCCGACCGCGUGGCUGUUAUCAACUUGAAGCUCCUAAAUGAUUCACAGUCUCGCUCAAAAGAAUCGGAAGUGAAGUUUGAAUUAGGUAAUGAUACUCUAGAAACAAUGCUGAAUUCCAUGUAUAGCAUAAGAGACCAGUUGUCAAACGUGGGUGAGGCAUCAAAUGACUAUUUAUCUCAAGAUGCAAAUAUGUUGUAGAUAACCCAUAUCCCCUGGAUGCAAUGUAGCAUAUGUGACUCGAGGUUUUUACUUCACCGUGCCCCAAACUUCAGAGAGGGAUUGGUGGUUAGUCAGGAUUUUAAAAGCAUUUAAAACUCAAGAGAAGUGUUCUUCCUUCCGUUUGUUAUAUUUCAAGAAAAAUGCUGUCAAAAGGCAUAUCAUGGUUUAAAGAAUGCUGAUAGUUAACCACAAAAGCAUGUCAGAUUUGGCUUAUGGAGUUACUCUUAAAAACCUUAAUAACUGAAUAUUUUUUGGAAAAACAGUACCUUGGACAGUAGAGCUGUGCUUUGAAGAUUGCUAGUUUAUCUUCUCACUGUUGUUAUUGUUGUGAUGCAGAUUGGGAUAAAUGGAACUUGUAAGGAGUUUAUUUUUUCCUUGCUUUACGCCGGUGCAGUUCGUAAAAAGGAUGUCUUUAUUUGCCUUAAUUUUUACACUAAAAAUGUUGAAAUGACCCAUAGAUAGUGUCCCUUUUUCAUUUCCUAGAUGUUUCCCAGUGUUUGAUACAAGUUUCAAGUGACGAGAGGUUCUUCGAAGAAUCCUUUUGUGGUUGGCUAAAGUUCGAUGUCAUCCUAUUUGUGCCUGCCAUGUAAAAAGUUGUCAAAAUUGACUUGUUUGAACUUUCAAUGGCAUGCCUUUUGGACGAGAAAAUUGUACGUUAGGCUUUGUCUGAUCUGAUGCAAUUCACUUUUGUUUGGAGCUUA